AUGGUGGAACGUGGGUACCCAGAAUUGUGCCGGGGAGAGGGGGUCGAGCCCAGGCAGGGACGAGAAGUGGUAGCACAACCAAAGCAGCCGCUAGGAGAACAUGGCGGGGGAGUGAGGGGAGCUGCCAGCGCGUCCCAGUGUUGUUACCCGGGCGCGACCCGCCCACUUCCGCCCCCGCGCCAACCGCCGUGCGCUGAUGGCGCCAGCACCGCCCCUCCCCGCAGCGACCCACCAAUCGCGGCGGAGCGGCGGCCUGUCUGCCCCCGCCCCAGCCAAUCGGAAGCGACACAAACACUCGGGGCCACGCCUCCCCUGGGGCCGCCCCAUCCGGGCGGGCACGCCCCCGGCUGCGAGUCACGGGCUCGCAGUGCGCGGCAGGCGGGCGGCGCCCGCCGGCCAAUCGGGAUCCUCACGGGCAGCCGAGGCCACAGCCCCGCGCGCCCCGCAGCCAAUCGCGGGAGACGUAAACAGGCGUCGGCGCGUCCCCCGGUGGGCGGUGGCGGCAGCUGGGCAGCGUCGUUCGCCAUGGAGGAGCCUGGCUCGGCCGCCGCGCCGCCGGAGGGGCGGGGGCGGGACGAGCGGAGCCUGGAGGCGCUCAGCCUGGCUGGCGGCGGAGGGCCGGCGGCGGCGGGGCGGCAGCUGCCGGAAGGGCGGCGGGCGACGCUGGCGAGCGCCCUGGAACUGGAGGGGACGGUGCUGCGCGAGGGGCGCCUCACCCAGUUCGUAGCCAACAACCUGGAGCGGCGGAUCCGGCUAAGCGGCGCCCCGCGGGGCGAGCCUCCGGCGGGGGGCGGCGGGUCCUCCAUACCCGCCAUCGACCCCGGGGCGCUGCAGGACGUGGUGGCCCUGGCCGGGCAGGUGGCGGCGCAGGUGGACGAGCUGCUGCGGAACGUGCACUGCGGGCUGCAGGCGCUGACGGCGCUCAGCGUCGGAUGCAUCCAGACCUACCGCGACGGCGUGGAGAGCCUGGGCGAGGCGGCCGACCUCAGCAUCCGCGCCAUGUACGCACUGGUGGCGCGCUGCGAGGAGCUGGACCGCGCCAUGCAGCCCGUGCCCGCCCUGGCAAAGCGCAUCCGUGACAUGAAAGGCACGCUGGAGCGGCUGGAGGGCCUCUGCAAGUAGCUGCUCCCGCCGCCGGUGCUGGAUGGAGAACCGCGGCCUCGCCGCCGCCCCUCCCGUGCCGGCAGCGGGGGUUUGGGGUUGCUGCUCUCUCUCCGGCGGCCCCACCGCUCACGGCGUCCGCAGCUCUCAUCUGCACAUCCUUGCUCGCUGUCCCCCGUGCGUGACCUGCCGGCAUCAGUGGCCAGAUCGCCUGUGUUGAUCUGGAGGAAGGGAAAUUUUUGCGGCCCAUGAAGGAAAACGUCCCGGUUGAAAACCGCGGGGUAAAUGGCAGAUGGUGCUUUUUAGCUUCAGCUCCAUUAAAGAAUUUGGAUUCCACAUGCCUUACGCUUUCUAUUUAUUGAGGGCUAAGAGAGACUAAUCAGUCUUAAUUAAAGAUAGCUGUUAAUUUUUUUUUUUAAAUCAAAUUCAAAAUUAUUGUGAGUACCUGCUUGAUGCUUACAGGCAUAUGUGCUUAUUUGUAGUUGAUUUGGUGUCUGAAGAGUAAUUGCCACCUAGGCUGUUUCAGCAGAUAAACUCGCAGAACACCGCUGUUUCUUACAGGACACAGUUUUAAGAUAAGAGUAAAUUUAAUACUUGUAGCCAAGACACUUGUUUUCCGAGAAGAAUAUAAAAUCCAUGGGAUAUAAUUGAGAUUCAGAUAAGAACAAAUCCAUAAGCAAAGUUCUAAAUAAAAGCCUUCAGAUGAAAUGUGCUUUGCCUCUAUCAAUCUUUACAGUUUUCACAGUGUAAAAGUUUAAAUGGCAUCACUGUGAAAUGAUCCUGUUAUUUUGUGGUUUGCUUUUUUUGUUGUUGGGGUUUUUUUUCUUUCCACUUGGGAAAAUACCUAAUUACAUGAGGAAUAUGAAUACAUGAUGACAUUACGUGGGUGUAUGACUGACAUAAAAUGACUGCUUUGGAAUAAUUUAUUUAUAUAACUUGAAGCUUUUGUAUAUGCAUCACUGUGUGCAGAAAUGAUUUUGCUGUAUCAGUGAGUGUUUCCUCUGAGACCUGAGAGUAGCUGAAUUCUCUACUCGCUAAGGUUCCUAUGCAACAAGCCUCUUAGGUGAUGCUCUUAGCAAUCCAUUUAGGACACAAAUGUCCCUGUAACAAGAUUCAGCAGAGAAACGAUCACUGUGACCUUGUGUAAGUGUAAUGGUGCUUUUGGUGACCAGUGGCUCCUAAAAAACUUGGAAUUAAGGUAGCCGGAAAUACUGCUCAAGUCCUGUACCUGUGGUUGAAGAGCAGACAGGUUCAUGAUGGGCAGACCUGCUGCCCCACCAUAAUCUCAUUAAAAACACCGAGUGAGGGAUAGACACUGUGAUACCCCGUGCUUCUGCAUGCAGACAAUAGUGAAUUGUAACAAAAUAAUUCAUGUUAAUGCCACGCUGGUUUGCAUGAUGCCAGUUUCUGUCCUGUUUUGAACCCCUCGGCACAGCCAUGUCUUUCCCUCAGCAUAGGGGUGUAUUUCAUGUGUGGCCUUGUAGCCAUAGCAACAGGAGAAGUCUGGAAGCGGGCUGUGCCACAGUAGGGCUCUCUGGUACUGUCUGCUGGGGAGUAGCUGUGGCUCCAGAAGGGGACCAGAGGCCUAACAGAACUUAAGGGAGAAAAAAAGAAUUUAACUGCUGCUGCAUCCCAUGGGCCUAGAAGACACUAAAGAUUCCUUAACACCACAGCAACAGCUGUACUUUUAAUAGUUUUGUUACUCCUGGGAAAGUUUGAACUUGUCUAUUAUGCAGAUGCAGUAGUUUUGCUAAGUGUGUUUGGUUAAUGCCAAGAGUGAACACCAAAGGUUGAUCUUGCGCAAUUUGUGAGUACUGUUGAAAUGUACAGGAAAGACCUGCAAGCUUAUUUGUGUAGCCACAUAUGUACAGCUGCUCUUCACUCACACAAGCUAAGGUGAAGCCUUUAAAGUGUUUCAGUACACUUUUGAUUUUGAUAGUGUUUCAUUUGCAGUCAUCUUCAUUCAAUGCUAAUUCCCUACUAAAAUUGUCGAGUCUGUAGAAUAAAGUUACUACUUUUAUGUUUUU